AUGGGUUCUAAAUCAAAAAUUUCCGAACUUUCCUCGGCAUUUCGACCAAAUGCGCCAGACGAUAAAACGUUUCAAGCAGUUUUUCGUGCUAAUAAUUACUAUUCGAAAAAAGAUUACGAAUCUGCUAUAGAAUCAAAAAAGACAUCAGAAUUUGCUGCUCUCGUGUUUUCUAAUAGGAGUGCAAGUUUUUUUCAACGUAAAAAAUGGAAAGACGCAGUAAAAGAUGCAGAACAAGUUAUUCGAAUCAGGCCUGAAUGGCCAAAGGGCUAUUUUCGAAAGGCCGAAGCUCUUAUGCAAUUAGAGAAAUAUGAAGAGGCGUUAGAUUGUUACCAAAAAGCCUUAAUCCUAAAAGAUAACAAAUCAAUGGGUUUAACAAUACACUCAUUGGUGCCCGGUCGCGAUAUAUGCAUACCAAAGAAUUCGAUAGCCAACAAAAUACAAAAUAAAAUAUUUGAUUUUGCUGUGAAAAUGAAAAAUUUGAUUUAUGUCAUUGUUGACAAUGAUACAAAAGAAUGUAUUGUCGUUGACGCUUGUUGGGACGUUGAUGGUAUCAUAAAAUUUAUCAAAGACAGGCAUUUGAAACUUGUUGGCGCUAUUGUAACCCACCACCACUUCGAUCACGUUGGAGGAAAACCACCUCCACCAUUUAACCAACUUCCAAUAAAAGUAUCAGGCUUGUGCGACUUAUUAAAGCGUUUUCCAAAAUUAAAAGCUUACAUACAUCCAUUAGACAUUCCAUAUGUGCUUAAAGCAAAUCCUGAAUUAUCGGACCUAUUCACUUCAAUACCUCUCUCAAAAUUAAAAAUUAGAAAUCGGCAGUUACAUUUCUGUAAUGCUAAUUUCAUUUCAUUAAUAAUAAAUUCCACUUUUAAUUCCUCUUCAGCUUUAUCUAACACUAAUCCAUCAAGAAUAAUUCCAACCCCACAUAACUUCACACUUUCAUUGGGUAACUUUACUCUCUUAAGAUUUCUUCAUACGCCGGGACACACCGAAGGUAGUCAAUCAAUAUUGGUUAAUGAAACAAGGUUAUUUACCGGCGACACAUUGAUGUGUGGAUGUGUCGGAAGGUUGGAUCUUCCCGGCGGAGAUUCAAAACAGAUGAAAAAAACUUUGAGAAAAAGACUUGGUGGAUUGGAUAAUAAGAUUGUGGUGUAUCCUGGUCAUGAUUACGGUGGCGAUUGGACUACAAUUGGGAUUGAGAAAAAAAAAGGUGUUAUUGGAAAAAUCAAAAGAAAAUAA